AGCGCUUUUUGUCGUUGGCUCGUUCCAAACGCGACUUUCUCCUGGGCUGAUGAGACCAAUACAAUAGCACUGUCGACAUGCCUUCGACUCAUAAAAAAGACAAACCGUGGGAUGUGGACGGAACAGACCAUUGGAAGAUUGACGAGUUCAAGCCCGAAGACAAUGUCGGGGGGACCUUUACCGAAGAAUCUUCCUUUGCCUGCCUCUUCCCCAAAUACCGAGAAGUCUACCUGAAACAAUCCUGGCCAUUAGUUACCAAAGCUCUCGAAAAGAAAGGAAUCGCAUGUACUUUGGAUUUGGUGGAGGGUCGCAUGGAGGUGCGCACCACACGCAAGACAUUUGAUCCAGCAGCGAUUCUAGAUGCUCGCGAUCUCAUCAAGCUCCUGGCAAGAAGUGUUCCCGCCCCACAGGCCCUAAAAAUUCUACAAGAUGAUACCGCAUGCGAUGUCAUCAAGAUUCGAAACUUGGUCAGAAACAAGGAGCGCUUCGUCAAACGCAGACAACGCUUACUUGGUCCCAACGGAUCCACUCUCAAGGCCCUCGAACUUCUCACCGGCACCUACAUUCUCGUGCAGGGAAACACUGUCAGCGCUAUGGGGGGCUACAAAGGUUUGAAGGAGGUACGAAGGGUUGUUGAAGACUGCAUGAACAACAUUCACCCUAUAUAUCACGUCAAAGAGCUCAUGAUCAAGAGGGAAUUGGCCAAAGAUCCAGCUCUGGUGGGUGAAAGUUGGGACAGAUUCCUUCCCCAGUUCAAGAAGAGAACUCUGAACAAGCGCCGCGUUCCUUUCAAAGUCAUCGACAAAUCUAACAAAGUCUACACCCCAUUUCCCCCGCCACAGGAAAAGAGCAAGAUUGAUCUUCAGAUUGAAAGUGGAGAAUACUUCCUGGCGAAACAAGCCAAAGAGCGAGCCAAAGAACAAGACAGGCUGGAGAAGCAGAAGGUCAAAAAAGAGGAGAAACAACGUGAGCGUGAACAGGCGUUUAUUGCUCCCAAGGAAACCUCUGAAGAAUCCAGUGAGAAGAAGAAAAAGAAGAAAAAGAGAGGGGUCGAAGAAGAGAAGGAGACCGACAGACCAUCCGUGAAAAAGGCCAAACACAACGUGGUGUGACACAUCUUCUGCCUGCCUCAACAUUUCAUCUGUGACAAGUCACUGGUUCUCGAAACUCAUCGACAAAAUGAGUCCGUUGAGAUGCCCAUUCGACCUGGACACAACACAUGUCCCACCUCCCGACUAAUACAUAUGUUGACAACGGGCUAGACCCAGACGCGAGCGUUUUCCAACGUUUACCAUUUGACAUGCCUACCAAUCAGGACGAAGCACACUGUAUUAAAGCCAGCAAUCAGGUCCAUGAACGUCAGCCGAAGAGCCACUUGAGCCUGUAUCUAGGCAUGUUGUGCCGCAGAGGGCAAACCCCACAACAACGCCAUCAGGGUAUCAGCGCAAUGCGAGGCUAGUCAGAUCUUGGAGUAUUACGCAGCACUUGGUCGCGGCUGUGGAAUUGGUGAUGGAAUACCCCCACUGACGGCCCAUCUGAUGGCGCUAAAGGCAUCCUCAUCGUCAGCUGAGUUCACCUCGACCAAAAUUUGAACAUCAGAUGAGGGCAAAUGCAAAAGCCAAAGGCCGACCGGCAAGUGAAAAGCCAAUCAAACAGCGGCUCGGAGAAUCUACUGAACAGCCAGUUUAUGUGAAUCAGAGGCUAAACUAUUAUUGGACUAGCGUGGAACACUUCUGUAUGCAACAAUGCUUCUAGCCUCCUUCUAGCGCAAACCUUCUACCAUUACUCCGCCCGCCGCCCAGAUUCCCGUCGCGAUAUGGUCACUCCUGCGUCACACUAGAUGGCAUGGAUGAGCGGUGGAAGACGGAUGACCUCCGGUAUGAGGUCUCUGCUGCCACUGGGAUUAUUGGAGACGUACACUGCUAUGGGUACACACACUGGGCGCAGUUCGUUCCAAAUACUUGUUGGAUGGGAAGAAAAGAGAGCACCUCUACUGAGUGGAAUCGGUCAUCACAAGAAUCAGCCCCUUAUCGAUCGACGCACUAAGCUUUAGCCAAAACCACAUACUCCGUAUAAGUAUGAACUCAAGACACGGUAAUCAUCGGCAUUGACCUCCAGCUCCCUAGUCCGUAAUUAUCUGGCGGGGAGGUCUCGACAUCUCCACACUCAGAUGUGGUAUGAAAGCAGUGGAUCGAGGUGUUCCAUCAAUGCCAUGGUC